CAGCAGUGCCCCCUGCCAGCUGGUGGAGGGGGCCGCUUAGUGUAGUCUGGUGUGUGACUGAGGGUGUUACGUGUUGUUGCAGCCGCUGCUUAUGAGAGGCACUGCGAGCUGCUACUUGUGAAAGGUCCAUACAGUCGCUACUUGUGUGAACAGUAGCAGCCAUGGCUUCAGUAGAGGUGUGUGAAGAACAGGAAGCACAAGAGGAGAGCAUCUAUAAUACUGUCACUUCUGAGGUCCACCAUUUCUCCAAGGAAGAGGUGCUUCAUGACACCCCAGGAGGUAAGGAGACCUUUGGCCAGAGUAAAGUAUUAUCACUCUUGCCUGAGGCCGAGACAGAUGGGCCUCCACAGUGUGUGGCUCAGCUGAACACUGAAGUACACCACCAGCAGCAGGAGGAAGAGGAAGAGUUUGAAUGUUUUCUGGGAGCUAAUGGUCAAGUGGUUCUUUGGAGCUCAAGAAGAGAAACUGUACUCUCCAGAUUUGACUUUGUGUACCCAUCACACAUGGUGGUGGAGCAGCAGCGUGUCGUCACAUCCCCGGUCAUAGACUGUGAUGGAGACCUUCAGGUGACCAGGAAGAAAGACCUUCACAAGAAGGAGAGUGCCGUGCUCAUUGGUUAGAAUAUCAUUUAGUUGAAUAAAGCGCAGUUCAUUAAUUAUAACUAGUAUGAAGAAGGAGAGUUGGCAUGUUGAUGCAUCAAAAGAUUUGUGUUUUAUUCUAAUAAUGAAGUGCAUGAUGUAAACACUGUAAGUAUGCUUAUAACUCCACCCUUGAUCUUGUUCACUCUUAUAAGUGUUAGUCAUGUCCAGUGAUCCUCUUGAUAUAGUGUUUAAUUAAUGGUUUUUGUUUUAGGUGUACACUACUGUUGUCUCUGCUUAUAAAUACAUACAUAAUGGAAUAUAUUACACAAGUACUGUAACUGUACAGUGCUCUCCUCUGCUCAGCUCAGCUUUAGUCUUAUCUAAUCAUCAUUAGUGUAUUGUUUGAUGCAGCUCCUUCAUCAUCUGUAGUAGACAGCUUGUGUUAUAUGUUAUCAGGGCAGAGCCAGAAAUUUUUCAGAAGGAUUAUCAAACUUGUGACGUUGUGACGACUGAUGGUUACAGCACCAGGUGUAAUACUGAUGGUUACAGCACCAGGUUGUGACGACUGACGGUUACAGCGGCAGGUGUAACGACUGAUGGUUACAGCACCAGGUUGUGAGGGUUUAUGGUUACAGCACCAGGUUGAGGCGACUGAUGGUUACAGCACCAGGUUCUGAGGACUGAUGGUUUACAGCACCAGGUUGUGAGGACUGAUGCUUACAGCACCAGGUUGUUAGGAACUGAUGAUGGUUACAG